CACUUGCAAGUUGGGCCAGGCCAGGAUGAGGACAGUACUGUGUGUAGCUACUGUUGUGCUGGGAGCACUGGCAAUCUGCUCGAUCCAGGAUGGUGUUUCUGCUGCACCAGCCAGCUCUGUGACUAUCGAUUGCUGUGAGAACUUUAAGACCACUCGCAUUCCUCAUAAACGGCUCGUAAGCUUCACCAAGACAGUUGGCUGCUCCACCCCCUCCAUCAUCUUCACAAACAGGAGGAAGAUGAGAAUUUGUACGAGAGCCAGUGAGAAGUGGGUUCAAAAUGCAGUGGCAUAUCUGGAGGAGAAAUUGGGGAUUGAAACAUAAGAACCUACUGAAAGUGCAACCUUUCAAUCCACUGGAAACACAUGGAGUGUUGAACUGACUGAUUUUACACUGGGAGACAGCAGAAUGGGGAAUCUGUUUGAAGAUUGGAUCUACAAACUGUUUCUCUGAUCACUUGCAAUAUUCCUAUUUCUGUGCUCAUUAAAAUGCUAAACUGUGAACAGUAAUUAACUAACUUACCCCAUGUCUACUCCAAUCAUCAAACUGAGUGAAGACUGUUAACUGUACAGGGGGAAAUGUACACAAUGGGGGAUCCCUGAGUGAACAGUCAGCCUGGUGCAGGAAAAGAUUUCAGUAGCUGUCCAGCUAAUCCCUGGAUCAUCCCAGAGGCUGGAUCUCAGCACAGAUAGUGGAGGUGGUGAUGGGAAUGUGGUUAGUCACUGGGGAAGUGGGUAGGCAUCAAUGUUUUGGCCUGGAGAUGUUGCACACUCUGGGGGUAGAGUGUGACUCAGACUCUGGGGAGAUGGUUGUGGGUCAGACCCUGGGGUUCCAUUGUGAGUCAGUCUCUCGGGGUGGUGGUGUGUAUAUACUCUGGGGAGUUGGGGGAGUCAGUGUCUGGGGCCUUUGGGUGAUUCAGUCUCUGGAGGAGGUGUACGUUUCUGUGUCUGAGGAAUGGGCC